AUGGCCCAACAAGGCGAAUGGCGCAACGGCCUGUUCAGCGGCAACUGCGGCUCCGAUAGCGCCGGCUCAUGCCUCACCUCCUACUUCUUCCCGGCUAUGGUGUACGGUUGCCUGGACGAUCGCCUCGAAGAGUACCCCCGCGAGGAGAACCCGGAGUGCAUCAAUGGCUCAUGCGUCUCGUUUUGCUUCUUCGGUCACUGCGGUGGGAUUAUGGGGAGUGCCAAGCGCGCGGAGGUGAGGGAGAAGUUUGGGAUCAAGGGGAGCGCGUUCAACGAUUGGUUGUCGGCGUGUUUCUGCUUGCCUUGCACUCUCGGCCAGAUGGAGACUGAGGUCAAGAGUCGCGCUGCCUUGGAUCGCCAGACUGCAGGAGGGUAUUCGCAGUCUCAGGGCGGCAUGACGUACCAAUCAGCUUCGACUCAGGGGGGCCCAAGAGAAGUAAUGUCGGGCUGCGGAGGGGCUUCGACCAGGGAGUAG